AUGCAGCAGACCGACAUAUUCGCCGAUAGCGACUCAAGCGACUCCAGCGAUGAAUCAGCCGUUAUAAGUCGAGAAGAAGCCGUCCGUUGCUUCCCUGAAACGGCACAUCGAGUACUCGCCGCCACUCUUGGUCUUGUGUACUACAAAAUUCGCAAAGAAGUGGGCGAAGGCCCUGAUGACAUACCUUCUCGUCCGCUGAAGCGUCAGCAAGAAAAACAUGCUUCCUCAAGCCCAGGCUCAAAGCCUAAGCAUGUAAAGAUGCCACGUAAACUCAGUGUAUCUGACACUUUCUUGCGACGGUAG